AUGCGGAAGAAAAUGCGAAAGAAAAAUCAGCCGAAGAAAACACCGCCGAUAGAAGAUCGGAUCAGUGCCUUACCGGACGAAAUCCUCAGCUACAUCCUCUCAUUUUUUCCAACCAAAUUUGCAUUCACCACCAGUGUCCUCUCCAAGCGGUGGAACUCAAUCUGCAACUCCCUCCCCGUGCUCCACUUCGAUUUCCAAGCCGAAAAUGACAUAGAGGCCUUCAUCCUCUUCUGCCGCUUCGUCGAUAAUGUUCUCCUCUCCCCGCAUGUUCAGGACCAACCAAUCGAAACGCUCUCCAUCGCCUGUAAGCUCCGCCUCCCCGGCUGUCCCCCGUUCAACGCGGAGGUGUGGAUCGAAGCCUCGAAGCGUCGCCGCGUCGUGAAUCUCCAUGUGUCGGCGGGGUACUUUUCCAUUCCGCCAAGCGUUUUCACCUCCCAAACCCUCGUGGUUCUGAAGCUGAUCGGUGUAGAAAUCGAUCAUGAAGUUGGGUCUGUUGAACUUCCCUCCGUCACAACCCUUCAUUUGAUUGGUGUUUUCUUUAAAAAGAAGGAUGACGUGAAGAAAGUUCUUAAUGCAUGUCCUGGUGUAGUGGAUUUGCACGCUACAACUUGCAGUGAGUACCUUCUCUGUUACACUACAGGGUAUAAAAUCAUGCCCAACGUCGUGAAAGCAAAGAUUCGCACAUACAAUGUUCCUUUCAGUGCAAUUUACAAUGUCGAGUCUCUUAGCAUUCAAAUGGUGAAUCGUAGGCCUAAAGACCAAUACAUCGAUUCCUACCACAGAGCAAUGCCCGUGUUUCAAAACUUAAUCAGCCUUGAGCUAAGCUUUUAUCUCUUUCCUAGCUGGGUUGAGGUGGUGGAAGUGCUCCCUUAUUGUCCCAAGCUUCAAUCUCUUGCCAUUGAUAAGGUAUCUAAUGAGCUAGGUUAUCAAAAGGAUUGGGAAUACACAAAACCUGUUCCAGAAUGUGUUUCGAAAGCAAUAGCUGAUGCUGAAUAUGAAAUUAAUAUAGCAUUUGCAACUGAAAAGGUUGCUAGAAGAAAGGAGAAAGAAGCAGAAGCUGCACAAAAAGAGGCCAACAUUUCUUUAUCUAGAAACUAUGGAACGGAAGCUGCUUAA